CCAACCUGAAAGAGGAAAAAAGAGUGAUGGAGGAGGAGAGCAAAGCAAUGAAGCAACAGCCUAAGAAAAAUUUGUGGAAACCAGAAGAAGAUAUGAUCCUUAGAAACUACGUGGAAACUCAUGGAGAAGGGAAUUGGGCAACCGUCUCCCAGGAAUCAGGUAAAAUAAUUUCACCCAAAACUAUCUCUAAUAAUCUAUAUAAAACUUAUUCAUCCUUCUCAGAACUCUAUAGCGAAGAGAGAUACAAUAACAGACAAUGGUGGACCGACUUUUUAGAAAAUAUUACAUAUAUAUCAGGUUUGAUGCGAGGUGGGAAAAGCUGCAGACUAAGAUGGAAGAAUUACCUCAGGCCUAAUAUAAAGCGCGGGGGCAUGUCCAAAGAAGAAGAAGACCUAAUUAUCCGUAUGCAUAAACUUUUAGGCAACAGAUGGUCACUGAUUGCUGGCCGGCUUCCCGGUCGAACCGAUAAUGAGGUGAAGAACUACUGGAAUACCCAUUUGAACAAGAAUGGCCUGCAAGACAAAAGAAAAGCUAACGACUCAAAAGACCACAAGAAAAAUGAUGACGACGAUGAUGAUGCGAAUAAUAAGAAACAGAAGAAAGUGAUCAAUCAGACUUGUUAUCCUCAACCACCAAUAUGCAGCAACAACGGGAAAAAUGUGGCUCAUGAUACAGAGAGAGGGAACCAGGAAGAGAAAAGAAUAGUUACAGAUCCUUGGAAUAUGGACGACAUAACAAGUUCUCACUAUUAUAUGAACUCUCCAAUGGUACCUGCAAAUAACACGACAUUUAACUUUGAUGACGAGCCUUUCUUUGAUCCCUUCUUCCUGUAUGAAGCAUUUGGAUGCAGUGGUGUUAAUGCAUCACUAGAGAAAAUGUGACAUGUAAUUUUUUAGGGUUUUGAGAAACCCCCACUUUCAGGUAGGCUUUAUUGUCAAAAUCCUUAUUCUUUUCCGCCCAGUAAGAUGGUAAAUUGUGCCAAAGCUUAAACUUCCACAGUACUUUUUUCCUGCACUUUAGAGCUACUUGUCACAACACAUUGCUAUCUAUCAAUCAGA